AUGGGGGCAGCCGAAGACGAACCCUCAGAGGGGCCCCCGAGCUCCGAAGAGGUUCCGCGCGUACCGCGCCCCUGGGACUUCCUCUCCGACGGGGCCCCGACGGGGGGCCCUCCCGGGGGGCCCCCUGGGGGCCCCUCUCUUUGCUCCCUACCGAGCUGCCUCUCCGAAGGCGUCGGCAGCGGUGCCCCUCUAGCGGCUGCAGCUGCAGCUGCUGCUGCUGCUGCUGAGGAUCCGCAUCAGACGCCAGAGCAACAGGGAUCCUCCUCGACCUCAUCUCCAGGGAGCCUUUUUGCCUUCUCCAGCCCUCCGAAGCAGCCGCAGCAGUCCGCAGCGUCCAGUGGCUUGCCUUGCACGCAGACGGCUGUACAAGGAGGCGCCAUUCCCUUGCUCUCCGUUCGUCUGCUCUCCCUCUCGUGCCUGUUACGGCGACAGCAACAGCAGCAGCAGGAGCAGCACCAAAGGCAAAGACAAGCAGAAGAAAUCUCUGUCCUCAUGGCUCAAACACCUGUGGAAGGCAGAGACCCUUUAGGACGUAGAAAACAGAAGCGUUCCUUGUGCGUCGCCUCAGGAGAUCCCGCACCUUCUCCUGCUCUCGAGGAGGAUCCCUCAGGGUGCCCCCCCCACCCCUUUUUCAGUGCUGUGUCUCGAUAUUGUCUGCGAGUGCUGCAGCAGGCCGAGCUGCAGCAGCAGCAAGCGGCUUGUUGCGCAGGGACGAGCACUAUUAGCCCCACAGGAUCCGGAAGAGCUCUGUCGGGAGACACGCCGAGCAGCAGCAGCAGCAGUUGCUGUUUACGGCUUGGCCGAUGUGCCGUUGUCAAUGGUGCGGUGCUCGAGGCGCAGCUCAUGGACGCUGCAGCAGUCGAAGCGGUGAGACUCUUGUAUCUACUGGCGCCUGCAAGCAGAGACAUUCAACAACAAGCAUUCGUCGCCAUCAAACGCCGUGCGCCUUCUGCUUCGGAGUCUGGAGCUUGGGACGUGUGUGUUGUGCAGGCAGCAGGCGGUUCUUUCGGGGAGGUCUGCAACGCUCUGCUGGACUUGCCGUUGACUGCCGCAUUCCUUGAAAAAGGCUUGCCCGCAAGCCCGAGGGUGUCGGCCGUUUGCAAAGCCGUGCCGCUCUGUCUGGAUAUCCUCUUCAAAGAGGCCCUGCAGGCCCCUCACCCUCAACCCAGAGCGGAGCUGUUUAGGGCUUUGCUGCAGCGCUUCUCCCUGCUGUAUCCCCUGAGCUUCUUCGUUGACGAUUUCAAAAGCCACUGUUUUGCCCCCUUCGCCCUGGGCAGAGGAGGCAACCUUGUCUCUAGGCCUUCUCGUGCGUGGUGUGGGGUCAGUUGGUGCUGCGCCUUCCGCUUGAGAACUUUCGCUCUCGGACGCCCUUGUUUGACUUCUGAACUGCCGCAGCUUCAGCAGCGGCACCAAAUCGUGCAGGGAAUUAGGGCACAUUCGAAUCCUCAGGGGGCCCCUCUUGCGGAGGCUUUGUGCUGGGCAGUCGUUGCGGAGUACUUUGAGGCCCUCGAGGCUGUGGCCUAUGAGGCGUUGGCUCCUAUGGCGCCUCCAGAAAGGCCGACGCUUAUUUUCGAGUCUCAUCGACCCCCAGGAGAACCCCUACACACGGGCUUCCUCUCCGGUGGACGCACCACUUUGUUCUCAGAUGCCACCAGUGCAGAAGGCCUGGAUAGCCACAGCUCACCAAAAGAAGCAACAGCAGCUUUGGAGACGCCUCGCGCGGCGCGAAGAACGGGGGCUUCACGAGCGGCUCUUGGCGACGAUCGCCGUCCUGCGUCGAUCGAUAUCGACCUCUCAGAUUGUGUUGUGCGUGCAUCAGACUGGGCUUCAUCAGAGGGACUCGCAGCAAAGGGCCCCCCCGCAACGCCACGAGCUGCCCAAGUUGCGUCUUUAGACCUCCCUCCUUCCCUCAUCUGCGUGUCGGUUGCUGCUCUUUCGCAACUAACUCUUCGCUUUCCCCCGUUGAGACCUCGCACCGUUCUCUGUCUGAGUUCGCUUCGAGCCGGCGUACAGGGAGAUAAAUGGCUACCUCUCCUAUCCCGCAUUUCUUUUUCUCUCCGCACGCUUUCCGACUUGCCACUGGCACAGAGAAUACUUAGUGACGGCUCUAGUCGCAGUUCCUCCUUCUCUCCCCUGUGA